CGUUAUUCACAGCUGAUCUCCACACACGGCAGUCUCUCUUCAUUUUGUAUCUACUAGUGCCAGAAUCCGCACCACUGGCUAUCGGGCUUACACCCUUGGGAACAGAUAUAGAAAGAGGGCGAGAGAGAACGAGAGAGCUUUACUCGCCAAUCAAGAGAUACUGCGAAAUACCGGUUCGCUCGGGGUGUUUUGUUCUGUGAGCCAUCAAGACCGUCAAAGCCUGUCAGGGCAUCAUCAGCGCCAGGAUCAGAGGGGAGGGAAGCAUCGGGAAGAAGAGCUCGACGCCGGGAACAUCCUGGUACCUGUACACGCCGCCCACCGACGAACGAAAAGGCUGCAGGACAAGAACGAAGCAUGGUUUCCGAUUUUCGGCGUGCGCUGGUGGGGGUGGCCGUUCUGAUCGGGUUGGCGCAGCGGUCGUCGGGGAGCGGCUGGAGUGGUCUUCGCGCCGGGCAGUACUACCGCGAUGGCAGAAACGUCGACGCCGGGUACGACGCAAGACUGGGCUUGGGCGGCGACGAUCGGGGGGGCGUACGCUCGCUCCAGACCGCCACCGACCCGCUGUGCAGCUUGCCGGAGGAGAAUCCUUGCACGUUGAACACCACGGCCAUCGGCAUGGUGGAAUCGGGCACCUCCACUUACUACGACGACACAUGCGAGGCGGGGAUUCAAGGCUGCUACACUGACGGGGUCCGCGAGUGCCGGACGUGCUAUCUAUCUACUGAAAUCUACAUGGAUGCCACUAAUGCCACCGAGGCCUCUCGCCCACCGUGGGCCAUGUGCCCGUGUUGCGUUCCCGCGACGCUCCAAAGCGACCACGACGACAUCGAGGUCAAGGCGUUCAACUACUCGGUGUUCGGCAUCUCGGCAAGCGACUGUACCAUCACCCCCACAGUUACGCCACUGGUCAGCUCUGUUGCUCCCACUGCCGUCGGCGGUGCGCCGACAGUCAGCACCACUCCUCCUCCCGUCGAUCCUCCGACAGACACACCACCUGUUACUCCUACUCCGGAGCCUACUUCGGGCUCAAGGGCAAUGGACACGCCAGUCCCAUCUGUCGCGGGAUCAACAUAUAUUCCGUCGACACCCAUUCCAACCCCCGGGGCCUCUUCCGAUGGUGCUGGUGCCGACGCCGAUACAGAGAACGUCAAUGCUUCCGACACGGAUGAUGGGUUGAGCAUGGGUGCCAAGGUCGGAAUCGGUGCUGCUGCGGCCGUCGGCGUCAUAUUCCUCGGAGUCGUAGGAUUUCGCGCCAUUAAAGCUUCCAGCAGGGUUGAGUGAGACACACAAUGUCCCACCGCACUGCAAAACAAGGGGCGCCCCACUGACUGCCUCGCCUGGGCAAGGCUUGAGCGCGGGCGGGGCUUGAGACACCGAAGUCGCUUUUGCGCUAACCGAACUAGCUUGUUGAUCGCAAGGCCCUUCACUUUUUUUUUUGAGGCAAUGUUCCCGACGCCAAACCGCACGAAGCCUCGUUCGCAUGGACGUUGCACUGCCGAGAAAUGGACUGUCAUGUUGGUCGUCGGACACUUUGGGUGGAUCAUGCGCAAGGCCCCCGACAUUUAUGGCGUUACUCCUCGCGGAAGGUCAGGUUGAAGGGGCCUAGCUCGCAGUGGUGGGGAAGAUUUUCAGUCGAGUUGGUUCGGCUAUGUGUUGUGGAGUAGUUUGGGCAUGUUCACGAUCGAAGCGGGAAAGGAGGUGAAGAAUGUUGCAUUCGCGACCCUUUGUUACUGCGCUUUCGAUGGAAAGGUUCUCGUGUGGUUAAUGGAUUCAUAGCGCGUUUACAGUAAUAAAUAUGGCUUGCUUCAUUCGGUGUUUCUCGUGACGAGUUCCUGUUGCCCCUUUGCGGACUGCAGAAGGGAGGAGGCUAUCUCCGAUCGAUCUAGCGUUUGUUGCGAUCGUGCCGGCUUAACUUCUCUGUGUGGAGGGGACGAGCUGGAGUUGAAGUUGAGGUGAAGCCGUGUUCGGAGGUUAUUUAUGGGGUGAAGGUGUUUUGGUAGAUUGGUUCGGCAUGGUCUGCGAAGGGCAGUAAUUGGUUGAUGUUCAUGGUGGUAUUUUAUGCCUUUCUUCAUGGAGAGGUUGCGUUUCGGCAGCGUGUUACGUGCGAGUACAAGUUAUGUAUUUGAAGCUUGGAGAUCAUGCAUGCUUGAGUGAGGUUGAGGCUAAAGUCACCUAGCCUCCACGCAUCGGUGUUGGCGUGUUCAUCGUGGAGUGCUUAUAUCGGGAAUCAGCAAGCAGCCUUUGGGUCAAAAAAAUGCAGACGGGUGCUUGAAAUCGCGUGUUGUUUUUUUGGCUGGCUGCAGGGCACGGUGUACUUCGAACUGAGGAACAGGCUGAGGAUUAUAACCGUUAGGCUGAAUGUUUGGCGUGCAGCAUGUCAUGCCUUUGCGGCUUUGACGGGAUGCUGAUGCUUCCGUGUGCCUCAACGUAGGCCUGCCUAUUCGCGAUUUGCUUGCUCUCGUUGAUUUACGACGAUGAUGAUGGCGGUGGCAUCUACGACAGUGUCUUGUCCUUUGUACGAUACUGCCGGCCACAUCUGAGAGCUACCCACCGCUUCUUUUCUAGCUGGGACGGGAACGACGAGUGUAUGCAGGGUAAAGGCAUCACUUGGUCCGCUAUAAGCGCGAUACGCUGAGCUGGAUCCAAAAGGGAAUUCGUGCGGUGCGGUGACAAGAGAGGUGGGUUUUGUUCUGCGGGCUUUUUUGUGCAUUUGUUUCGCCACUAGUGGUAUCUUAUUUGUUGCAAGACCGGUUUAUUUUCAUUAUUUUUACACAAUGUACAGUGGUUUGAUAGCGUGUACAUGAAGGAUUGAUAUUCUUGCCCUUGGCUUUACUUGGCGCCCACCCUGGUACUGACGGGUGGGGUAUCUUAUCGUGACUUUGACUGCUGUAUGAUAUUCUUCUUUCGUGUCCCCUUCCGUUUGCAGUUCGUAUCAACUGCUGGAGGCUGCAUGUGUUUCUUCUGCUGUUGAUUCACGUCUUCUGGGUAAGUAUAGCCGACCGUUUGCGCAUUGUGGGAACGUAAAUUCAUGCCUACCCACGUUUGAAUUGUUAGGUGGCCGGUGGUAUCUACGCUUUUCGUGCGUGUGUGAAAUUUCCUGCGAUAGGCGAGUUGUCCAGCCGACCAUGUUGGUCAUGGGCUGGUAUGAGUACACGUUUUUUUUGCUACUUCCUCCUGAAUGUAUAGCAGUAGCUUAGUCUUAAAGGUGUCUUCAAGCGCAAAGUGCGGAGGGUUGCUCAGGCGUGCUGUUUUCGACACUCUGCGCCUCUUCUUACCGGCGGCUACUAGAGGUACUUUUUGGGGAGUUUCACACUUACUUUGAGUUACUGGGGCAAUAGGGGGGGGUACUUCGUACGUCACAACGAUUAUGAUGGUGAGAACCAAAGCAACAGCAACAAGGAUGGCCACGGCUGUCCCUUCGUGAGGCAGCCAGAUCAGGCUAUUGUGCCCACAAACGACGUCUUUCCAUGGCGAGCGUUUUGAACGCAGCUGGUUGACUUUUGAAACGUUUUCGUUUCACAACCCCUGGCACGGGUGUUUCCCGGUGUUUCUUGCAUCCACCGUCGAGGGCUUGGUUGUUUCGUCGGUCACCCGCUUCUUGCGGCCUCUUACUCUUGUUCUUGAGCCAUCGCUCGCACAUGUAUCUCUUUGUCGCUUCGCCUUGGCGUUGACGACGAACACUAUUGUGAAGGUGGCCCUUUGCAACGUCGCAGCCAUUUCAUCCGUCCCCGCAGCGCUGCCGUUCGAUGACCCCACUCUAUGAAGCCAGGGUGCCUCCUGGGGCACACCUAUGUGAAGUAGCCACUAUGCACUCUGGCGAAAUAAGCUCAUCGAUCCGCGGGGUGGCCGGGAGAUGACCAGCUGCUCUCGCCGGU